CAUCGUUGGUGCUAAUUUCGUACCGGAGGGAGAAAGGCUGAGCUGGAACGAACUGAAACGAUAGAGUAUUGUAUUACUAGAGAGGAUGUGGAGGAGAGGAGGCGGAGAAGAAAGGAACUUCCUUUUCCGGCUCAGCCACGGGAGGAAGAUGGCGUCGGCGGAGCCUCUUCCCCUGUUUCGAGGGUCGAAGCGGCUCCUGGGAGAGAAAGCGGAUGCCAAAAAGAGCAAUGUGAACAACAGAGAAUGAGAAGCAGCCUUAAAAUAUACCACCAAUCAAAAUCUUUUCCACUUCCUCCGGAAAGUGUAAAACCACUUCUCCUUCCUCAGCAGAUGAGAAACAAGGGAGAGAAUAACAAGAACAGAGUUUUGAGAUGAAAAAAUAAAGUGUAUAGAACCCAAGGAUACAUUACAUGAGAAGUCAAGGAGGUCAGUUUUCAAAUAAAGAAAGAAAAAUGGAAAAUAGCUGGAAGUCAGUGGGAAGGAAAAGAUACCUUGGAUAUCCAAAAUGGGAAGGUAUUAAUUAAAGCCUUUGAGGAAUCAAAGAACCUCCAAAUAAAACUAAGAGAUCAGAAAUAUUUUUGGCCUCCUCAAGAAUCCAAGAUUAUCAGAGUUGGAAAAACCCCACAGAGUGCCUAUUGUGGGAAAAAUACAGAUUGCAGAUCACGGCUGAAUAUGCGCGAGUGGAUCCACCCUAUGAAAAGUCAUAGGAAUGUUUGGAGAGCGGCAAAACUUUACUCAGAACAACUUUUUCAUGAUUCAUGGAAGGACUGAUUCUGGAGAGAAGCUUCCAAUACGACAAAAGAUUUAGCCUGCACACAAAUCUGGUGAUACACAGGACUCACAAUGGAUAGAAACCAUAAGUGUCCAGACUUUAGGAAAAGUUUCACUUAGAAUUCCAAGCUGGUGAUACACCAAAGUCACACAGGAGAAAAACUAUAUGAGUGUCUUGAUUGUAGGAAAAGUUUCAGCUGGAAUUCCAAUUUGGUGAGAGAUAUGACGACUCACACUGAGGAGAAACUCUUUCAAUGUCUUGAUUGUGGCAAAGGCUUCAGUAAUAAUUACAACUUGAUCGUACACCAGAGGACUCACACAGGAGAGAAACCGUAUGAGUGUCCGGAUUGUGGGAAAUGUUUCAGUCAGAAUGGCAAUCUACUGAGUCACCAAAGAACUCACAGAGAAGAAAAACCAUAUGAAUGUUCAGAUUGUGGGAAAAGUUACAAAUGGGAUUCUUCCCUGGUAAUACACCAGAGGACUCACACAGGAGAGAAACCAUAUCAGUGUCCAGAUUGUGGGAAACGUUUCAGUAAGAAUUCCAACCUGGUGAUACACCAGAGAUCUCACACUGGAGAAAAACCAUAUGAGUGUCCAAUUUGUGGGAAAAGUUUCCAGCAGAAUGCUAACCUGGUGAACCAUCAGAGUAUUCACACGGGAGAGAAACCAUAUGAGUGUCUGUAUUGUGGGAAACGUUUCAGUAAGAAUUCCAACCUGGUGAUACACCAGAGGACCCACACAGGAGAAAAACCAUAUGAGUGUCCAGAUUGUGGCAAAAGUUUUAGUCAGAAUUCCUACUUGGUGAGACACCACAAGACUCACACAGGAGUGAAACUGUAUGAGUGUCCGGAUUGUGGGAAAAAUUUCAAUCAGUAUGGCAAUCUGGUGAUACACCAGAGGACCCACACAGGAGAAAAACCAUAUGAGUGUCCAGAUUGUGGCAAACAUUUCAGUCAGUAUGGCAAUCUGGUGAUACACCAGAGGACCCACACAGGAGAGAAACCAUAUGAGUGUCCAGAUUGUGGCAAGCGUUUUAGCAAGAAUUCCAACCUGGUGAUACACCAGAGAACUCACACAGGAGAAAAACCAUAUCAGUGUUCAGAUUGUGGGGAACAUUUCAGUCAAAAUUCCUACCUGGUGAAACACCAGAGAACUCACACAGGAGAAAAACCAUAUGAGUGUCUGUUUUGUGGAAAAAGUUUCAUUCGGAAUUCGUACCUGGUGAAACACCAGAGGACUCACACAAGAGACAAACCACAUAAGUGUCUGUUUUGUGGGAAAAGUUUCAUUCAAAAUACCUGCCUUGUAAUACACCAGAGGACUCACACAGGAGAGAAACCAUAUGAGUGUCUUGAGUGUGGGAAAAGUUUCAUAAGGAAUUCCAGUUUGGUGAUGCACCGGAGGACUCACACAGGAGAGAAGCUGUAUGAGUGUCCGGAUUGUGGGAAAGAUUUCAGUAGUAAGCCUAGCCUUAUCAAUCAUGUAAGGUUACACACAGGGGAGAAACCAUUCAAAUGCCCAGAUUGCGGAAAAUGCUUCAGUAAUAAUUCCAACCUGAUCAUACACCAGAGGACUCACACAGGAGUGAAACCAUAUGAGUGUCCGGAUUGUGGGAAAUGUUUCAGUCAGAAUGGCAAUCUAGUGAGACACCAAAGAACUCACAGAGGAGAAAGACCAUAUGAAUGUUCAGAUUGUGGGAAAAGUUACAAAUGGGAUUCUUCCUUGGUGAUACACCAGAGGACUCACACGGGAGAGAAACCAUACAAGUGUCCAGAUUGUGGGAAAGGAUUCAGGCAGAAUUCCAACUUGGUGAUACACCAGAGGUCUCACACUGGAGAAAAACCAUAUGAGUGUCCAAUUUGUGGGAAAGGUUUCCAGCAGAAAGCUAACCUGGUGAGUCAUCAGAGUAUUCACACGGGAGAGAAACCAUAUGAGUGUCUGUAUUGUAGGAAACGUUUCAGUAAGAAUUCCAACCUGGUGAUACACCAGAGGACCCACACAGGAGAAAAACCAUAUGAGUGUCCAGAUUGUGGCAAAAGUUUCAGUCAGAAUUCCUACCUGGUGAGACACCACAAGACUCACACAGGAAAAAAAACAUAUGAGUGUCUCGAAUGUGGGAAACGUUUCAGUUGCAGUUCCAAUUUGGAGACACACAAGAGGACUCACACGGGAGCGAAACUCUUUGAAUGUCUUGAUUGUGGCAAAGGCUUCAGUCAUAAUUCCAACUUGAUCAUACACCAGAGGAGUCACACAGGAGCGAAACUGUAUGAGUGUCCGCAUUGUGGGAAAAGUUUCAGUCAGAAUGGCAAUCUAGUGAGACAUCAAAUUACUCACACAGGAGAGAAAGCAUAUGAGUGUCCAGAUUGUGGCAAAAGUUUCAGUCAGAAUUCCUACCUGGUGAUACACCAGAGGACCCACAUAGGAGAAAAACCAUAUGAGUGUCUGGAUUGUGGGAAAAGUUUCAGUCAGAAUUCAUACCUGGUGAAACAUCAGAAAACUCACACAGGAGAAAAACCAUAUGAGUGUUAUUGUGGGAAAAGUUUCUCUCAUAAUUUUGUUCUGGCGAUACACCAGAGAACUCACACAGGAGAGAAACCAUAUCAGUGUCCAGAUUGUGGGAAAGGUUUCAGUCAGAAUUCCUACCUGGUGAUACACCAGAGGACUCACACGGGAGAGAAACCAUAUAAGUGUCCAGAUUGUGGGAAAGGUUUCAGGCAGAAUUCCAACUUGGUGAUACACCAGAGGUCUCACACUGGAGAAAAACCAUAUGAGUGUCCAAUUUGUGGGAAAAGUUUCCAGCAGAAUGCUAAGCUGGUGAGCCAUCAGAGUAUUCACACGGGAGAGAAACCAUACGAGUGUCUGUAUUGUGGAAAACGUUUCAGUCAGAAUUCCAACCUGGUGAUACACCAGAGGACCCACAUAAGAGAAAAACCAUAUGAGUGUCUGGAUUGUGGCAAAAGUUUCGGUCAGAAUUCCUACCUGGUGAAACACCAGAAGACUCACACAGGAGAGAAACCAUAUGAGUGUCUUGAAUGUGGGAAAAGUUUCAGUUGCAGGUCCAAUUUGGAGACACACAAGAGGACUCACACGGGAGAGAAACCAUAUAAAUGUCCAAAUUGUGGGAAAAGUUUCACUCAUAAUUCCAACCUGAUCAUACACCAGAGGAGUCACACAGGAGUGAAACCGUAUGAGUGUUCAGAUUGUGGGAAAAGUUUCAGUCAGAAUGCCAAUUUAGGGAAACAUCGAAUUACUCACACAGAAGGAAAACCAUACGAGUGUUUGGAUUGUGGGAGAAGUUUCAAAUGGGAUUCCUCUCUGGUGAAACACCGGAGAACUCACACAGGAGAGAAACUAUGAGUAUCCUGAUUGUAGGAAAGGUUUCCCUGGCAAUACAGCAAAGGAUUCACAUGGGAGAGAAACCAUAUCAGUGUCCAGACUGGGAAAAGUUUCAGUUGGAGUUCCAGUUUGGUGAUACACGGGAAGACUCACACAGGAGAGGAACCGUAUCAACGUUCAGAUUGUGGGAACGAUUUUAGUAGAUCUUGCCUUAGAAAUCAUGUAGGGUUACACAUAGGGGAGUAACCAUUCAGAUGUCCUGAUUGCAAACUGUUUUGCACAAAAUACCUCCCUUAUCACACCUAAGAAAUUCCAUGAGGAAAAAUGUGUUGUGUGUAGUGGAAUCUUGAAUUUUGUUUUCUGUGUGACCUGAGCUUCCUUGCCUCUGGCCCAGUGCGCUAGUUCUCUUUCACGGAGUGGAGUGGAACUGCCAUGCUGGGCGAGAGUAAAGGAGCUUGCAUCUCUUAUUAGGUAUGUUUACUACCUUGAGUUAUUUCUACAUAAAGGUAGGAUAUAAAUAUAUAUGUAUGUAUAUAUGUAUUUCUAUUUGUUAAGAAAAUAUAUAUUGUAACUCAAUUCAUGGUGACUUUGGGUGGCUUGCAGCAAUAACACCAUAUAUUGCAAAAUGGCAAACCUUAAAGCCUCUGCAUUUAACAUGUUGCCCUACAAAUACAGAGCACUUCUAACAAGGCGGAUGGCAUUUUUGAUGGUCUGGGAAUCCCACAAAAGUGAUUCUUACUUCAGUUAAGAAGUUCACCAGGUCUCCUGGCCUUACUAACUACGUUCAUGCCUGUUGCCAUUCUUGCUCAAAACUUGCAAGGAGUUAACUUGAAGAAGUUAACCGCAGGACUAGCGUCACAUAAAUUUGAUAAUUAAAGAAAUGCAGACUCCUCUUUUUCCUCUGAUUGAUUUAAAACAUUUAUGCAGCCAGACAUAUUAUGACAAACUCUGGCUGGCUCACAAUCAAUUAUUAACAUAAAAACUAUAAAAACCAAAGGCAUAAAACCAAAAAACCUGGUGCCGAGUCAAGCUUCUGAUGUGCAGGCAUCUCUUAUCCCAGUGCUUAGGGGAUAAAAGCCUGCCAUACUUCAGGGGCAGAGUCUGCAACAGAAAAGGUUCACUUACUAGCUCCUAUCAGAUGGCAAUAUUUAAGGGCAGAGGCUAGGAGUGGGUCCACCCUAUCGAACGUGGUAGAACAGAUAACAUGGAAAAAUAAUAAAGGUGGGAAAACAAUGACAGGUACCCUGGUGGCUCAGUGGUCAGAAUGCAGUAUUGCCACUGAUUCUGCCCACAGCCUGGAAUUCGAUCUGACAAGGCCUUCCAUCCUUCUGAGAUUGAUAAAAUGAGGACCCGGAUUGUUGGGAACAAUAUUCUUGCAGGGUAAACGGAGAGUGCUAUAAAGCACUGUGGGGUGGUAUAUAAUUGUAAGUGCUAUUGCUAUAACGAAUAGCUUUAAAGAUGAUGACCAGCAUCUUCAAUUGCGCCUGUAAAGAAAAGAAUCCAGGGCAGCUCGCACCACAAAGAAAUUACAUGCACAACUUAAGGGCCCCCAUUGCUGUGUGCACUGCUGCGUUCUGGACCAGUUAAAAGUUUCUGGGUGGCUCAGGCCAGUGAUCCAAACGGGGGGUGCCCAAGGCAUGAGUGACCCAUGUGCAAGGGCUGAUCCAGGAAAGGACACAAUUCGCGCACUAGAUGAAUCUCUGCAAAGCCCUUCCCCCGAUCAUGAUCUCCUCAAGGAGGAGCCAUGAGUCCAGGUUGCACACCAGCUCGGUCGCCCAAAGAGAUCACAUGACCCCAGAACACAAACUGUCAGAUAUGAGUCAAUCGCCAAGCAUCAUAAUUUUGUUCACGUGAGAAGGGCAAUGCUGCAAUGGUUGCAAGUGUGAAAAAUGGUCACAAGUCACUUUUUAAACUGCUGUUGUAACUUCAAAUGGUUGAUAAUAAAAUGUUGUAAGUCCAA